GAGAAGUCGGUACUCUGUGUGUCGAAAGUCGGGCCGAGUGAACGAGGUAUUAUCGGCGAAUUGCUGUUGAUCCGACCUUUAUACACUAGAAAGAAUGACAUUAGCCUGAGGAGAGAGGAAAAUAAAUAAGCCAAAGUGACCACAAAGCCCGGGGUCCGAAGAAGGCGGCAGAACGAUGAAAAACCGGACGGACGAAGGCUCCGUCAAGCGUCCGAAUCCCUGCGAUGACUUCCGCCGCCGCAAACUGCCGCGCUUCGACUACGAGGAGGCGAUGGACACCUUCGAGGGCGGCCAGAGCGAGCUGCCCGACGCGGCGCUGGCGCUCGAGCACUUCUCGGGCGUGAGCCUCCCGGCCGGCGAGGGAGACUGCCCCACGGGCGGCCAGGACGCGGUCGGCCUCCCGGGCCACGCGCGCCCCGUCCUCAAAAUCCCCUCCACGCUGAAAUGCCUCGCGACCUUUGACCUUCCGGGCAAGGCCGACCUGCACCAGCUGCUCACCAACAACCUGGCGCAGCAUCUCGCGGUGCAGAACGAGAAGCUGAAGAGCAACCUGCUGUUCGGCCACGGGGCGCACCCGCCGCACCUUCACCCACACCACCUCCACCACAGCCCCCUGGGCGCCCCGCCCCCCUCGGCCUCCGCGCCCUCCGCCGCGCCCAACCCCCCGGGAUGCAGGGAGGCCGCCCCCCGCGACCCGCAGGACGCCCUGGAGGUCACGAGAGAGGCGGACGCCAAGGAGGAGUCCGCGAGGAGAGAGUCCGGGGACGUCGUCGACGUGAAGAUGGAGAACCCGGACGAAGUGAGGAGAAGGAGAGAGUCGGGCGAGGGAGAGGAGAAGGGAGAGGGCGAGGACGGCGAGGAGGGAGAGGCGGCGAACGAGGGCGAGAGGCAGGAGGAGAGGAGAGACGACGAGGGCAACACCGCCCCCCGCGUGACCCCUUUCUCCGUCAUGGACAUCCUCGACCCGCACAAGUUCACCGGGAGGUCGAGCGAGGACGACCUGCACGACUCCUUCUCCGACCGCCCGGACGACGAGGACGACAACGCCUACAUCUCAGUGUGCUCGGACUCCGGCGACGAGGCCGACGGGCCCGAGGGCGAGGGCGGCGGCGCGAAGGACGACGGGUCUUCGGCGGGGCGGCGGGGGCCGGGGGGAAGCCCCGGCGGGGCGCGCACGGCCUUCACCUACGAGCAGCUGGUGUCCCUGGAGAACAAGUUCAAACAGACGCGGUACCUGAGCGUGUGCGAGCGCCUGAACCUGGCCCUGGCGCUCAACCUGACGGAGACGCAGGUCAAGAUCUGGUUCCAGAACCGCCGCACCAAGUGGAAGAAGCAGAACCCCGGGUGCGACGUCAACACGCCCACGCAGCCGCCCAGCCCGCCCAUCUCGACGUACCCGGGCGGACUGCUGCCCCCCUCCCCCACCCCCCUCUGCUGUGCCCCGCCCCCUCUCCUACCGGGGCCCCCUCCCCCACCACACGCCCCUCGCGGCACUCUACCUGCAUCACCUGGCCCGCUGAACCCCCCCCCUCACCCUCAUCGCCGCACCUACUCCUCCAUCGUCAUCAACACGCCCGUUAUUCUCCAUUUCGCUCCAUCGCCAAACAUUCCUUCCAUAUUCUCAAUUUCCUAUUCUCAUCCCCUUCUUCUUCUUCUUCUUUUUCAUCUCCUCCUUAUCUCCUCUCCCUCACUACCUCCGCCAACACGGCCGCAUAUCAUGUUUUAUGUUGUGUGAGUCUUCUCACUAUGUGUUCCUACGGUUUCCUUUAUAAGGUGAACAGAUUAGUCAAACAUUUUUUAUAUAUUGUAUCGAGACGUCCUCGCUGUUUCGCUGACGUACAGUGUAUAUUGUGUACAGUUAAUAGUCCAUAUAUAUAACGUAUAUGCAUAGUGUUUGCUAUGUUAUUAUACAUCCAAAUGUUCCUG